AAAUGCUUAAAAUUUUGGUCCCAUUCAUUUUCAUCUUCGCCGCCGUGGUCUCUUCAGCCCAAAAUGACAGACAGGCUUAUGUUGUGUAUAUGGGAGCAGUGCCGAAAGAGCAAACCCAUCAACUUCUGGCAGAUCACCACCACACUCUUCUCGCUAACGCAGUUGGAGAUGAAGAAUUGGCGAGAAAAGUGAAGAUUUAUAGCUAUGGAAGGAGCCUCAAUGGAUUUGCUGCAAGGCUGUUGCCCCAUGAAGCUAAUAAACUAGCAAAGGAAAAGGGUGUGGUAUCGGUUUUUGCGAGCAGGAGGAGGAAGCUGCACACGACAAGAUCAUGGGAUUUCCUGGGAGUGUCGGAAACGGCGAGCCGCCGUAACGCCGCCGCAGAGUCCGGCAUAAUCGUCGGAUUACUGGACUCCGGGAUAUGGAUGGAGGCUCCGAGUUUUAAGGACGACGGCUACGGCUCAAUCCCUUCCAAAUGGAAAGGCCAAUGCGUCACUGGCCCCAAUUUCACCUCCUGCAACAGAAAAGUUAUCGGCGCAAAGUUUUUCAAUCUGGAUGGGCUCGGCGACAGCGACAAUAAGAAAAUGGGGAUAACAAUAGACACAUUUUCACCGAAGAAGAAGAUGUACCCUCUUAUUAGUGGAACAAUGGCAGCUACACCCGACACUGAUCUAGAUGCAAGCGAGUGCGAUUACGGGUCUCUAGACAGAGAAAAGGUGAAGGGGAAGAUAGUGUAUUGUUUAGGACCUUACUCCCAAGAGUCUACUAUCGAAGACUUGGAAGGUGCGGGGAUGAUCGGGAAUCUUCUCGGAACCACCGAUGUCGCGAUGGCCACUCCCAUUCCCUCCUCCUACCUCUCCAUGGAAGAUGGAGGCAAGGUUGAGACAUACAUGAACUCCACAAAGAACCCUCAAGCUGUGAUCUAUAAGACAACUACUUACAAAAUGGAUGCUCCUUUCUUGGCCUCUUUUUCUUCUAGAGGACCCCAGACUCUAGCUCCUAAUAUCCUCAAGCCGGACGUUACAGCGCCGGGACUGAACAUAUUAGCGGCGUUCUCGAAAAUGGCUUCAAUUCCGGACAACCGCCACUCCGUUUUCAACAUUCUUUCAGGAACCUCCAUGUCCUGCCCUCACGCCGCCGCCGCCGCCGCCUACCUCAAGACCUUCCACCCCAAAUGGUCCCCCGCCGCCCUCAAGUCCGCCCUCAUGACCACCGCGACGCCGGUGAAAACAGGGGACGAGUUCGACGAACUCGGAAUCGGCGCCGGCCAGAUAAAUCCGGCGAAAGCCAUCCACCCGGGCCUCAUCUACGACAUCUCUGUAACCAAUUACGUCAGCUUCCUCUGCUCCACAAGGCGGUACGACGGCACCGCCCUGGCCCUGCUCGUCGGCGAUGCCUCCUUCAACUGCUCCGGCGUCCCUCCGGCGACCGGCUCCGACGCCCUCAACUACCCCACCAUGUACGCGCCGCUGGACGCCGACGCGACCUCCGUCGCAGCCGUGUUCCACCGGACGGUGACCCACGUCGGUUUCGGGCCGUCGACGUACAGGGCGAAGGUGAAGUCGCCGGCGGGGGUGGCGGUGAGAGUGGUGCCGGAGGUUCUGAAGUUCGAUCGGCCGUACGAGAAGCGGUCGUUUAAGGUGGCGGUGAGAGGUCCGGUGGCGGCGGAGAGCAGGCUUCUGGCGGCGUCGCUCGAGUGGAACGAUUCUAAGCAUAAUGUUAGAACCCAGAUUGUGAUGUUUAAGAUUUAGUUUCUUUUGUUUUCUUU